ACCAGCUUUGCUGCGGAUCAGUUCCAGGCUAUCAGGAUUCUUCUUCUGAGGCAACAGGCUGCUGCCAGUGCUGGAAGAAAAGUGUUGGGAGUGUAACGGCGCUCAGAAUCACGGGUCAGUGCAACAGCGUGGCUAGAAGGGGACAUGAGUGAGAAAGCAGAUGAAGCUGAGAAACCUUGCCUGAGCCAAGAGGAUACAAUGAGGAAAGAGGAAUGUAUCUCUCACGUGGGCUGUGGAGAAAGAGUGGCUCUUACAUAGUGCCUGACUGCAACAUCCUCUGCAGAAGACUUUGCUGUUGCCAUGAUUGUUACCAGUCAAAGAGCGAGUCUAGAGUCUCCUGUCCCAAGAAGGAUGAGAGCAUGGACCUGGGAAAGGACUUACAUGGCAGCACGCUCCACCAGGGUCUUGAUGAGCUGCAGCAGAAAAGAUGCGAAUGCUGCACUGCUGAGUAACUUUGAGGUGUUCCAGCUACUCACUGAUCUUAAGCAGCAGCGCAAAGAGAGUGGAAAAAGCAAGCAGAGCUCUGGUCAGCAGAAUCUGAACACGAUCAUGUAUGAGACACUGAAAUACAUCUCAAAAACACCGUGCAGAUACCAGAGUCCUGAGACUGUCAGAGAGUUCCUUGCUGCAAUGAAGGGCCAUAAGCUGACCAAGGCUGAAAAGCUGCAGUUGCUGAACCACAGGCCUGUGACAGCAGUUGAAAUACAGCUGAUGGUAGAAGAAAGCGAGGAAAGGCUGACAGAGGAGCAGAUCGAGUCGCUUCUCCAGACAGUCGCCAGCAUUCUUCCAGGGGAUCCAGAAGAACAGCAGAGGGACUCAGCGAUGGAAACUGAAGGCAGAGGUGGCCAAUAGCAGGAGGCAUCUAGACCAAAGCCAGCAGCAAUUUCAGCAGAGAAUUGGUUAAUCGUUUCCUGUUUCUACUUGAUACCAGUUUCAGCUUGUAUUGGGCAUCGUUGUAGAAUCUAUUAAAUGUUUCUAUUACUCAGAGGUGAUGAGGGAACCUGUUGUUUACCAGAAGGCAUGGAAGAGGAGACUGUUGUUCCAGCAUAUUGUCUUGUACAGGGGUGAUAGUGACUGACUUUGUAAUGUAGCAGACAAAUUACAGGGCACAAAAUGGGAAGCUUUUGUAUUUUUUACAUUACCCGUGUAACAGCUGUACAUUUGAGUAGGCUAAUAUACAGCUGGCAAUGUUUUAAUUAUCACAGCAGUACUAUAAUUGUAAUUGCUUUCAGAUGAUGUUGAAUUGCCCAACUGCUUUUCAGAAUGUGAUUUACAAUCCAAAGCCAGCUUUUGGAGCCGUUAGGGAGUAGGGCUGCUGUCAGAGAUCUGUGUGUGGAGUAACAUACAGAAACUGCUUGGUGUCUGGAACACACAAAGUAGGCUGAUGGCAUCAUGGAGUGAGAGGAUCUGUAGGUUGGAUAGCUGUUCUCAGGGAUGUUGGACAAUCUGCAGAUGAGUGGUAGAUGCAGAUGAUCAGCUAAAUGAAUGCAUUGCCCUCAGCAUGGCUGGAUUGGACCAGUUUUGCAGCAGCUGAGGCUCUGGACUGUAAUGCUAAGGCUCUUAGUAAUACAAACAAAAGGACAUUUAAGAGUGGGGUCUGCAUUUUCCUUUUGAGUGUUUGUUCCAGUAUUUAUGUAUAAGCAAGUCCCAUCCUGUGCACGUGCUUUGAUCAUGGAAUAAAUGAAUGAGUCAACACUGAAGUCCUAAUCUGGUUUGUAAGAAUGAAAAUCAGUCGUGUCUGAGGAGGAUUUUCUGUGUACUGAGCUUUGUCUGAUUAAAGAUUUCAGGAACAAGUAUUAAACAUUGAAAUCAUUGAUGAUUAUAAGAAACCUUUUGUAGAUAUGCACAGUCAUGAGUUGCACCCAGUGCUGGUUUUGUACCUCAGACCAUUCUUCUGUGAUUGUUACAAUGAACUGGAAAAAGAAACAAAGUUUGAAGCACA